UCCAAUCAGUGCUUGAGAUAGAGUUACCUUUGUGUGCCACUGUUUGAAUCAGCGGAUAGCUGCUCUGUGUAUUUUGUGUAUGACCCGGCUCAUUUGACCAUGCUUGCUCGCUUCUGAUUUGGUACCGUUUGGACUCUGAUCUACCUGUGUAUGACCCAGCUUGCCUAGACUACGCUUUGCCUGAUUCUACUGUAGUACCUUCAUCUGCAGUGGUGAACUACAAGCACCAGCCAACAUCCAUCUGCAGUGGUGAACUACAAGCACCAGCCAACAUCCAUCUGCAGUGGUGAACUACAAGCACCAGCCAACUUCUACCUUCAUCUGCAGUGGUGAACUACAAGUCCCAGCUGACCUGCUCUGCUCAUGGGGCUGAAAAAAACGCGUGCAGCUCUAGAUGAAGAACUGCCGCGCACGCAGCAGAGCAUCAGCAGCCGGGAUGAACUGAGGGCCGCGUUACACUUGGACUUUUUGUACAAGGAGAACAAGUUGGCUGAUAAACCCCUGAAAACAUACCUGGAAAUAAUGACAAAGCAUUUUCUUGAUAAGAAAACGUUGACAAUGGAAGGAAAACAGACUGCAGAGUGCGCCAAGUUAUUUACCCCCCAAGGACACCAGAGAAAAGCAGCCGUGAGCUCAAACCUGGCCGUGUACGACCUCUCGGAUGAGGAGAGCGGUAGCAGCUGUGCUGUAUCUGAGACCAGUCACAUUUUAUCCCACAAGGUUGAGGACAGCCCAGCAUCAUCACAGAAACAUGUAUAUCUGAGAGCAUCGGGGGAUGGAAGUAAAAAAACAGACAGUAGCAUGAAAAGUAGCAGCUUCUCUUUGGAGGAUGAAUUGAAGAAUACAAAGGAAAAUAAUUGUGAGACCACAAAGAUUUCAUACACUCUAAAUGAACCAAAAAGUGCAGCACCUGAGAAUGGGAGACCGAAAUCGAGCAAGAUUGUCCGGGGGAUGAUGUCUGGUCCCAUCUCCAGCUUUCAGGAGGACUCGCUGAAAAAACGACCGCAGAGACGACCAUCUGCAACUUCUCCUUCAUCGCAAACAAAAAAUGAUCCCCAGAAGAAUGAGAUAAUUGGGAAGACAGAAGAGCCUCUGAGCGAUGGCGCUUCAAACCCAGCGCUGCAACUGGGGAAAGAAUUCUCCGCUAAACUGCUGGGCUCCGCUCCGUCUAGAAACCCGGCUGUGAGCUCCAUCAUUAAGCAGGACAAGCAGCCCAGAAAUGGACCGGACACUGCUGACAGCGCCAGAGAUGCUUAUAAUAACUUCAAAUUAAAGUUUGCUUUAGAAGCGGAGCAAGAGAAGCUGCAAAGGCCACAAAGAAAGAGCGAACCCUCAAAAAGGAAGACGACUCGAUCUAGCUUGAAUGAUAAAGGAAGCCAUAUGGAUGAUAUCAAGUUAGAUGAUGUUGAAGAGGAUUUAUUGGCAGCCGAUGCAAUAGGGAUCCCAGAGGUCAUCGCACGGAAUAAAGUUCAGGCAGAAGGAAGACCUAUUGAUUUGCAACAAGCUGUGGAGCUAAAAAAUCUGCUGUUCGGAUCUCCUCUGCGCUGCUUCAGUGAAGAAUGGAAAAUUCAGAGCUUCACCUUCUGUAACAUUGAGGAUUUAAAGUACGGCUUUGUGCAGAAAAAGGGAGGGGCCUGCGGAGUUUUGGCUGCGGUUCAGGCUUGUUUGUUGCAGAACCUUCUGUUUGGGAGAGAUUCUGAUAUCAGGUGGGCACUGCAUCCUUCAGACACCGUUCGAACACGCUGUCUGUACAGAGCCAUCGCCGACAUCUUAUGGCGUGCUGGAGACUGUAGGCAAGCUGUUGUCUCUCUGUCCUCCGGAAGGCAGCAGUUCACUCCAGCUGGGAAAUAUAAAGCUGAUGGAAUCCUAGAAAGUCUCAUCUUGUACAGCUUUAAAAAAUAUGACGAUCUUUUAACUUUUCUUCAACAAAAUAUUAAUCAGUUUGAACGUGGGCCAUUUGGUUGCAUUCUGCUUACAGUGUCUUCUGUCUUCUCGAGAUCUAUUGAUCUGGUUCAGAGCGACUUUGACGUUCCCACCAACUGCCUAAUUGGGGCUCAUGCUUAUUGCACACAAGAGCUUGUCAAUCUCAUCCUGGGAGGUAGAGCUGUGUCCAACGUCUUCAAUGACAUCAUGGAGCUUGAUUCUGGGAAUGGGAACACCACUGUCCUAAAGGGGGUUUCCAGCCGCAGCGAUAUUGGCUUUCUCUCCCUCUUUGAACAUUACAGUGUGUGCCAGGUUGGUUCCUAUCUCAAGACCCCAAAGUAUCCUAUCUGGGUGGUCUGCAGUGAGAGUCACUUUAGCGUCCUAUUUUGCUUGAAGAAGGAUUUAGUGAGCGACUGGAGAGCGGAAAGAAAAUUUGAUUUAUAUUACUAUGACGGACUGGCGAAUCAGCAGGAGGAGAUUCGCCUCACAAUUGAUACCUCAGGGAAUUAUGUAGAAGAUGAAGACAAUGAGUUGGUUCCUCCGCUGGAGUUUUGUAUUAGGACCAAAUGGAAAGGUGCUGUUGUAGACUGGAAUGGGACGGACCCCAUUCUUUAAUGGCAGAAGCCACAUCCUAUGAACUGCCUGCGUACACCGGACCCCACAACAUUCACCCCAUGUGAUUCUCCAUAGAGUAAAGACAAAUCGCACCUCUCUCCAGGGGCCUGGAAAUGUGGUCUUUGAUAUAAAAGACAAUUUGCCAUGUGCCACUGUUAUAAAGAUUUUCUUUAAUCUAAUAUCUAAUAUUCAUCUAUUAACAAUAUUAACACAUGAAUGAAUGGAGUUGGGUCUUUGAGAAUAAUGGACUUGGAUAUAUUUAAAGUAUUCCAUAUAGUGUCUGGAUUUGGAAAAGUGAAUUAUAUCAUUUGUUAUAUAUUUAAGUAUAUAGUUCAUAAGCUUCUAUGGUAUAACUGGCAUAUGGUUGUCAUUAGCCUAGCUGGCUUCAUAUAGACAUCCUACCUUCCCCCAUCAUGGCAAAUGAAGAUAUAAGGUUACAUGUUGUAAGAUGUAAACGUAUUUUAGUUAGGAAUAUAAUUCUUUCUGUAGACUACAGUAUUUCUAUGUAUAUGUAUAUAUAUAUGUAUGUAUAUAUAUAUAUGUAUAUUUGAUUUAGAUGUUAAAGGACAUUUGUCUUACAUAGGUUAAAAUGUAGCUACUUAUUCACAGCUUACAGCCCUAUCCUCAGGAAUUUGAGAGUAAUUGACCCUCUCUUUCUCUUCUAAGGAAGAUUUGAAUUUGGCGCGUUUUUUGUAGAACAAGUCAAAAAUGAACCGUUACAUGACGUAUUUUUAGAAGGGUGGGGGUAGGUUAUAUUUGGGCUCUCUCUUCUCUUGAAUGCGACACACACUCAAGCUCACACUUGGAAAUGAGCUGACAUGCUCACAAUCUCACUCACAUUUAGAAGAAGGCUGACAUAGCCACACACACACAAAGAUAUAUAUUUGCAACUUUCAUUUCAAGAUUAAGAAACUUAUUGAUGCUAUUUUUAUAUUCUACAAUUGAUGAUAUUCAUGUGAUAUUUUACUAUUUUAUCAUUAAAUACAUUUUGGAGUUUUUACACAAGAACGGAACGGAUUUUCUUGGAACUUUUCUCAUCAAUAUGAAUAUCGAUUAUUAAUACAAUAAUAUCGAUAUACGGACUUUAUUUCAAUGGCGAGCCUUAGCCAGAAUCGAUUUGCUUGAAUAUCGAACGUUUUUGAAUUAUUUCUCCUAUCGCUUGUCGAGAGGGAAAACAAGCAUUGAUCAUGCAGACAAGCUUCAAGGAGAAAUAAAAACGAAAGAACUUUCAGCAUCAUCGAAUGGAUCUGGAAACAUAGAAUUAUUUGGUGAAGAAGUUUACACACGUAAGAAAAUCCUGUUUCUUGAUGACGUAAUUUCCCGUAAAGAGAGGGAAAGCGCGAAAGAAGUCGUCCUAAAUUGGAUCUGACUUAUGAGUCACCAAAAGAAGAGAAAUGUCAUAUUUCUAAGAUCUUCCAGAUGCAAACAAGCCCUUUGAAACUUAAGAAUAUAGUUCUGGGAGAAGAUGACAUAUGAGAUUCAUUCGUCAUAAUUAUUGUUGUCUUUCUAUGUUCAAUAAAGUUUUCAACUUUACAGUACAGGAGUACAAGAGGAAGAAAAAGAAAGAAGAAUCAAUACCUUUUAAUGAGAGGGAAAUUUCUAAAAACAAUUGACUUUUUAUUUUUCACGACUGAUGAUAUAAUUUUAUCCAUCAGAUAUAUUGUAGUUUUUAUAUAUGAACUUUUUAUGUGACGAGAUAUGUUUUUCAUAUCAAGAAGAGAUAUUUGUUACACACCAAUUUUUAAAACACAUGUAGUGUACUUUCAGAGUUGAAAGGGUUAAACUUUUUUACAAUGAAGUCUAGUUAGUAGGAACAUCUGGUGUUAAUUAAGAUAGAGUACAUGUUUCUUAAAGGUACAUAAACAAGUUAGGAUUAACUUUACCUUGUAAUAUGCAUUUAGUUUUGAAGUCAUCUCACAUAUAUGAACAAAUUGAAGUUAGGAACAUAUUUUAUAUUUACAUUUUGACAAGGUUAUUAGAAAUGUUGUAUGGAUUAUAGUUAAAUAUGCUGAGCACAAUUUGGAGGGAAAAUAUGAAAUAUAUAUUUCUGAAGUGACAUUCAUACUUCAAAGUAUUGUACAACUAUGCUACAGUCAUGGAUUUAGGAAUAUUAAGGGGUUGAUUUUAUGGCAAAAGGAAGAAGAAAUGAAUAAGGUAUAAAAAAAAUAUUUUAUGGUACAUGAAGCAAAAGUUUUUUUGAAAUCACUUUUCCUUAUGUGGAAUUGAAAUUGAGAAUAUAUUCAAGUCAAUUAUCUUAAGAUUUAUAUGAAUGGAUACAUAUGUGAAGCAAAUGAUUAUGAAUGAGAUUAGAUGGAAAAUGAAAGAUUGUUAAUCAAUCAUUUUGAGAGGGAAUUGUUAUAAAGAUUUUCUUUAAUCUAAUAUCUAAUAUUCAUCUAUUAACAAUAUUAACACAUGAAUGAAUGGAGUUGGGUCUUUGAGAAUAAUGGACUUGGAUAUAUUUAAAGUAUUCCAUAUAGUGUCUGGAUUUGGAAAAGUGAAUUAUAUCAUUUGUUAUAUAUUUAAGUAUAUAGUUCAUAAGCUUCUAUGGUAUAACUGGCAUAUGGUUGUCAUUAGCCUAGCUGGCUUCAUAUAGACAUCCUACCUUCCCCCAUCAUGGCAAAUGAAGAUAUAAGGUUACAUGUUGUAAGAUGUAAACGUAUUUUAGUUAGGAAUAUAAUUCUUUCUGUAGACUACAGUAUUUCUAUGUAUAUGUAUAUAUAUAUGUAUGUAUAUAUAUAUAUAUGUAUAUUUGAUUUAGAUGUUAAAGGACAUUUGUCUUACAUAGGUUAAAAUGUAGCUACUUAUUCACAGCUUACAGCCCUAUCCUCAGGAAUUUGAGAGUAAUUGACCCUCUCUUUCUCUUCUAAGGAAGAUUUGAAUUUGGCGCGUUUUUUGUAGAACAAGUCAAAAAUGAACCGUUACAUGACGUAUUUUUAGAAGGGUGGGGGUAGGUUAUAUUUGGGCUCUCUCUUCUCUUGAAUGCGACACACACUCAAGCUCACACUUGGAAAUGAGCUGACAUGCUCACAAUCUCACUCACAUUUAGAAGAAGGCUGACAUAGCCACACACACACAAAGAUAUAUAUUUGCAACUUUCAUUUCAAGAUUAAGAAACUUAUUGAUGCUAUUUUUAUAUUCUACAAUUGAUGAUAUUCAUGUGAUAUUUUACUAUUUUAUCAUUAAAUACAUUUUGGAGUUUUUACACAAGAA